AUGGCGUCAAAAUUAUCAUCAGAGUUAUUAGAAAUGAUAUUUAAAAAUUUGUAUGUUGCUGAAUUUAACGGUGAUUUCUUCGAACCUGAUUUAGUUGUAAAUUACCAACAGGCUGCUUUAAAUUAUCCUAGUUACCUAAAGAAAUUAAGUUUUGAAAUGUUAUACGAAGCCGCUAUAGAUUAUUUAAAUGUAAACGGGAAUCAGUCUACGGUAGAUUAUUUGAAUAGUAUAAGAGAAAAUAAACGAUACGUUGAAAUGAUAGAAGUAGAAGAUACGAUAUGUUUUUUGGAAAAUUUAUUGAUAAAAGUGAUGAUCAGAUGUGGAACAGCUAUAUCUAUGAUUGAUAUGGCUUCUAGCUUUAAAUUUCGAUCAGAAAUAUUCAGUCUGAUGAAGCAAAAUAAAAUCUUUUUCUCAAAUCUAAACGAAUUUAUCAUAUAUACCGAGAAAGGAAAGCUUAUAGAUGAGUCAAUCGAAUUUUUAAAAAUUCUUUCAGAGUCUACCGAAUCGAUUAAAGUAUUAAAAAUACACGAAAUGGGGAUAUAUGAUCAAACUACGUUUAUUUACGAUUCUCAUUCACUUAAAGCAUUAAUCGGUUUUAUUGAAUCUCAGAAAUCUAUAAAGAAGCUUGAUAUUAGUUAUUCCGAUUCAUUUACGGGCGUGAUUUCAGCACUAAACUGUCACUUAUCUUUACAUGAGAUCAUUGUGCAAGGAAAAUACAUUCAAGAAUUCAAAGUGUUGAAUGAUUGUGAAAAUUUAGAAGUGCUCAGGAUAAAAAGUAGUGAAGCUUUACCAUUACUUAAGCAACUGUCAAAUAGUAACUGUAGGAUUAGAAUACUCGAUAUCUACGCCAGAGUUCAUGAUAUCUUAGACGUGAUUUCUUUUUUACAAGAACAUGGACCGCUAUUACAGCGCUUUAGACUUAUGCCAUUUGGAACUACUUUAUCUCAAACAAGAUUGACACGAACGUUACGAGAUUUUUGUCUGAACCUAGAAUAUUUUGGUUUAUCGUCUUUGAAUUUUUCAGAUCAAUUAGUUGAUUUUGUUAAAAAUUCACAAAGAUUACAGUAUAUUAGUAUAGAAUGUAAUGGUGAUGAUUCCGAAGAGGUUACGAGACGUAGGGUCAUAGAAUUCGCAAAAUCAUUACCACGGAGCUUACAUUAUCUGAACUGGGGAUUUUAUAAUAAGAAAUUGAAAUCUGAUUAUAUCGAUCUCAUACUCGGACAUUGUGAUGCUCCUUUGAAGAGUUUGUUUUUUGAUAAUAUUAAUCAAGAAAUAUUUGACGCGAUAGUUGAAUUUCAAUCCAGAGUGGGAACCUUAGAAUAUUGUUGUCCCACCAAUGGUCCUAAAAAUUAUUGGGACGAAUUAGAAAAUCAUGUUAAGAUAGGGUGGCACAAGGCCAUGCGCUGUAUGACUAUUUCAACAUUUAAAGUGUUAAACCUUAAAAUUUUUUAUAAAUACAACAUGGAUUCGAUAAAGAAUUUUGGGGGAACUGGUACGCAACAUUAUAAAGUGAAUUAUGUUCGAUUGAUACUUGAUAUAGAAUCUGAACACGGUCUGUGGUAUAUACUAGAAGGAUUUCUUAAUUCCGAAUUUAUUGAAUAUGAGCUUACCUCUGAGAAGAAUUCAGAUGGAUCGGACAUGGCCAACGUUAAAUGCUAUUUAAUUGAAGAAUUCGUUUUUCGAGAAAUUGUAUAUCUUAAAAAUCCUCCUUCAGAAAAUUAUGCAGUCGUAUCACUUGAUCUAGACAGAUAUAAAAAUGAACGCGUUUUUUAUAACAGGAUUACGAUAGUAUGGUCCUGUAUAUUGUCUGAUAAUACAAUCCAUAGUUCAGAUAUCGGUUAUGUUGAGUCCGAAGACGAUUUCGAUUUAAACGAUUAUACAAUAGAUGAAGACAAAUACAGAGGAACUAACUAUCCUGAAUGGCGUGUGGAAUCAGCAAUGCAGAAAUUAGCGGAAAAAGAGAAUUCAGUAAUCAGGAUCUUUUAA